UCGGAUUAUAGGAAACAAAUGUCAAAGAGCGAGAUAUUUUAUAAUAUAUUCUUUUUAAAAUAAUAUCUUAACGAUUUGUUUAUUUAAACUUUGCGGAACAGAAAACAUAUUACUUCAUCUGUGUAUCUUACAUACUGAGAAGAUUCUUCUAUGCAUUUGUACCAUUUGAUGCAUUUCCAAUGAAAACCCUGAAUCCAAUAUGGGCACUGCGGGGCCCGCGGCGCCGCGUAUCCACAUGGUCGCCGCUGGCCACUGCCUUCAACACCAGACCAAACUCAAGGCCUAUCUUCGACUCUUUGAGGGAGCGGACAGGCCUUUUCAACAAGCCGGAGCUGACCAGUUUCGAAGGCUUCACAAUCUUAAAGGAGCAGGCAAUCUCAGCUACCGAUCGGUUGAUCGAGGAAGCUACGUCAGGCCCUUCACGCCCGAUGGUCGAGGUUUUUGAUGAGCUCUCAGACACGCUGUGCAAGGUGGCAGAUUUGGCAGAGUUCGUCCGCAUCGCGCACCCGCAGUCGCAUUUCGCCGCCGCGGCCGAAGACGCCUGCAUUAGUGUUAGUGGCGUUGUUGAAAAACUAAACACUCACAAAGGUCUUUACGAGGCGCUUCGCGACUCCGUGAAACGCGGCACCUCCGGCGACCAACAUUUAGCCGAGCUUUUCCUCUUCGACUUCGAGCAGAGUGGCAUUCAGCUAGAAAACAACAAACGGAAAAAGGUUGUCGGUUUAAACAACUUGAUACUUCAAACCGGGCAGCGGUUCAUGGCCGGAGCCGCGCGGCCGCGGCGAGUUCCAAGGGAAGUGGUGCCACAAAACGUUCGACAGUUCUUCAGCACAGAAGGCGACGACAUAAUCGUGAGCGGAGUGUACGCGGAGUGCGGCGAGGCGGCCGCUCGCGAGGCCGCGUACCGACUGUACCUCGCACCAGACAGUCAGCAAGACGAACUGUUGACAACCACAUUAGAUGCGAGGCACGAGUUGGCUGAACUAUGCGGCUUCGGGUGCUACGCUGACAGAGCAAUAAAAGCCAGCACAAUGGAAACGGCAUCCAACGUCCGCCAGUUCCUCGACAUACUCUCCGACAACCUCUACGAUCGCGCCAGACUAGACUUCGACGCCAUGCUCAAAAUGAAACAGAAAGAAACACCCUAUCUAGACACACUCUCCUGCUGGGACACCCCGUAUUUCACACAUAAGGCUAAAACCCAGCUACUAAAUGUGGCUAAUUCAGAUUUUAGCCCGUAUUUUUCGUUAGGCGGUUGUAUGGAGGGACUGAAUAUGCUGUGUCAGGAGCUGUAUGGAAUAAGUUUGCAGUCUGAAGAGAUGCUUCCAGGUGAAUCAUGGGCCCCGGACGUAUACAAGCUAGCCGUGGUCCACGAGAGCGAAGGUCUCCUGGGCCACAUAUACUGCGACCUGUACGAGCGGCGCGGCAAGCCACACCAGGACUGCCAUUUUACCAUCCAGGGCGGGAAAUUACUGCCCGAUGGCAGCUACCAGAACCCCAUAGUGGUGGUGAUGUUGUCUUUGAGCGGCGGCCACCGCUCCGGCCCCGCGCUGCUGUCGCCCGGCGCCGUAGACAACUUGUUCCACGAGGUCGGGCACGCCAUGCACUCGAUGCUGGCACGAGCACGCCACCAGCACGUGUCGGGCACGCGCUGCCCCACCGACCUGGCCGAGCUGCCCAGCGUGCUCAUGGAGUACUUCGCCACCAGCCCACAGGUGGUCCGGCGGUUCGCGCGGCACUUCCAGACGCGGGAGGCCAUGCCGGAGCACAUGCUGCAGCGGCUCUGCGCCUCCAAGCACCUGUUCGGCGCCCAGGAGAUGCAGCUCCAGGUAUUCUACUCCGCACUGGACCAGCGCUACCACGGCGCGGGCGCGUCGCACGGCGGACGUACGACCGCCGUCCUACAGGAAGUACAAAAACAGUACUACGGGCUGCCCUACGUACAGGACACGGCAUGGCAACACCGCUUCAGCCACCUAAUCGGCUACGGCGCUAAAUACUACUCGUAUCUAAUAUCCCGCGCUUUAGCGUGGAGCGUGUGGCAGCGCAAGUUCUCGGCGGAGCCGCUGUCGCGCGCGGCCGGCGACGCGCUGCGGCACGGCGUGCUGCGCCACGGCGGCGCCAGGCCGCCGCAGGAAAUCCUGGGAGAGUACCUCGGCACGGAGAUGACACCGAACACGCUGGCUAUGGCCCUCAUCGAAGAACUGGACUACCACAAGGACCACCUAGACACGGUCUUCAAAAUCGCCGCGAAGUGAAAUGCUUAUACCAGCAAGAAGAGUUCAGAUCAUUGAGGGUCGUGUUAGUAUUGAAAGUUGGAUUAAUUUAAAUGCUAAAUGUAUAAAUGUAUAGGUACCUAGCCCAAAACAUGAGAAUCGCCCAUUUGUCCGUGAUAACAUCCUCGACCUUUAUCGAGAGAAGUUUUACUGUUUUAUCGACAACAAGUAUUUUAAAUAAGUUAUAGGUCAAAAGUUUCAUUUUUGAUACAAUAGCUUUUAUUGCCACCUGACCUGAGUGUUUCUUUUAUUUUUUUGCAACUUUUAUAUAUUGUGACCUUUUUUUUCACUUUUGUGUUAUUUCUACGCAGAAUCACGAGCUCUUUCGAUCCUAAUGGGAUAAAAAAUGUCCCAGAGUUUUUUUCCUAUUGUGUUACCAUUUCCCCAUAUACUUUGUAUGGCGGUAACAAAAAGGAAAGUUUGAAAAAUGUAUGGAAAUUUUAGGACACUUUUUUUCGCCUGUAAGGAUGAAAAGGGCUCGCUAUCCUGACUAGGAAUAACACAAAAGUGGCAAAAAAGGUCACAAUAUAUAAGAAUGGCAAAAAAUAAAAGAAACGCUCAACUGUAGGUGCUUUUCUUUCAACGUACAGUUGACGAUAAAAGCUUGUAUCUUAAAUGAAAUUGUUGACAAAAACUUAUUGUAAUUAUAUUAUAAGUAACUCUUGGGUAUAUUUAUAGGGACUAUGUACGUCAUCGUGUAGAGAGGGAAUUCGCCAAUUUUAAUGUCAUGAAAAUAUAUAGGUACUCAGGUUCGAUUUACUCCUUAACGAACCGAACGUGCGAUAUAUUUAUUAUUUAAUACAUGUGAGGCGUUUGUAUGGAAGGUUACUUUAUUAUAAAUUAUAAAGCAGACCGCUUGACGCUCUUGUUUCAGUGUAGAUAAAUGCGUGAAAAGGAAGUAGCUAGCUCUUAUAAUAUUUAUCCUUAGAGCAUUUAGUAACUGGAGCGUCAUGGCUGUCAUUUUCUGUAGAAAACAGUCUGCCGAUUUUUGCGGGGGAGGGGCGUCAAAUGUAUUGCUAUUUCUACAUGAUUUGUACGUAACGUACAAAUAGCCAUCCAUGUCAGUCCAUACAAAAGUUUGCACAAUUGUGCAAGGUUUUCGGCAGAGGGGUAAGCUCUUAAAGGCGACUCCAGUUAUUAAAUGCUCUAAGUAUUUACCCGAAUGUGGGUUAGGUGCUGAGAUUCAAUGUAAUAAACUAUGUUAACCCUUUAACCGCCAAAGACAUCAAUUAACGCUCAC